CAGCGGAAAUAGAAACGAGGGGGGGAAGUUAUCCGCCGAUACACAGGAACAGAUAGACGGGGCUGCAUGUUUACUUCCGGUAUGAGGGCCGGCCGACGCGCCGCUUGGUGGGGAUCGCAUGCGUCUAAAUAAUGUGCAUCUCCCAGAAUAAUCCAGGAUGCUUAAUCUUUGUUCUAGUGCAUCUGUGACUGAUGCUGAAGACAGAGGUGUAAGAGAACCUCUGGCAAGCAAAGUUCAGACAUGUGUUCAGGAUACUGACGCCGUUCGUGUCAAGAAUGAAGAGGAGACUGUUGUGAGGCUGGAUGGACCUCCAGAGGCUGCUGUCACAGAAAGGCUCCCCAUCGCUGAGGACAGAAAUCCGCAAGAGGCUCGAGAACAAAGCGUCGGAUCACAGGGUCAAUCCAGUGAUACGAUAAAUGACAGUUCACUGAUUAAAUGUGUGUCUGGAAGGUCAGCUUGCUCUUCACCCAAAGUAGAAGAUGUACUUUCAAAGAAGGAUCAGGAUCAGGGUGAAGGAGCAAGAACCCUGGGAAGUGGGAGUCCAGGCAGGAAGGAUGGAAGGCUGGUGGAUGGGCAGUGGGUCAUCCGGAGCACAGCCUUCAUCGGGCCGAUGUGCCGGCCUGAACCGGCUGAGUCCAAGGGAGACCUGGAUGACAAACUGAGUGAAUUUUACAAGGAACUGGAAGAGAUGGAACCUGCAGAAACUCCUGACAUCAGCACAGACAAAGUUGACAGCCACGUUGAAGCAAAGAAAUCCAUAAACUCGACUCCUUCAGAAGAAGGGUUUCAUGUCAGCAGAGGUCCCAGACCUUAUCGUCGGCCUUAUAUGUACCGGGACGCCCCUAACGAGGAAUGGCAUUCCUGGAAACGUAGGCGCGACUUCCGUUAUGGCCCAGAUCACAGCAGCUGGGAUCCCUAUUAUCAGAACCAGUGGCAGCAUCCCCCACCGUUUGGGGGUCCUCCCUGCCCCCCAUAUCCAAGGUUUGGUGAGCCUAAGUUUUAUGGGCCUCCCAAGUUCCCACCACCGCCAAAUCCCUUAUACCAUCCAGCUUUUAGGCCGCAUAUGAGUACUUUCUAUGACUCCCCUCCUAUAGCAGAAUGGGAGCAGCCGUUCCCACCGGGGUCUGACUUUGCAGGUUAUGAUGGCUAUGGUGAUCACUACUCUUCCCAGGGCUAUGGUGAAAGCUUUUAUCCCCCGUAUGAUUUGGAAAACAAUCAAGCCAAUGGUUGUUCCAGCCACGGAAGCCGACCCUGGUUUCAAUCAUAUGAACAAGAUGGUUCUGACUAUAGAAUUUGUCCUGAUAUAGAAUUUGGGCCCCAGCAGCAUCAUCUCAAUGAAGAGUUUUGUGAGCCAUCAGACUCAAAAAAAGGUUUCCAUGGUUCCUCGUUAGUUCUGAUCCUGAUGAGAGGUCUACCAGGGUCUGGAAAGUCAACUUUAGCCCAGGAGCUCCUUUCGUCUGGUCCAAACGGGCUGGUCCUCAGCACUGAUGAUUACUUCUCCCAGGAGACAGGCUAUGCUUAUGACCCAGGUCUGUUGGGAGACGCACACAGCUGGAAUCAAAACCGGGCCAGGGAGGCUAUGGAUGAAAACCGUUCUCCAGUAAUUAUUGACAAUACAAACAUGCAGGCUUGGGAAAUGAAGCCAUAUGCGGAAAUGGCUGUAGAAAGGGGGUAUCGUGUGGAUUUCUGUGAGCCCAGCACCAACUGGAAGUUGGAUCCCACAGAGUUGGAAAAGAGAAACAAGCAUGGUGUCAGCCGGCAGAAAAUUUUAGAAAUGCUGGAGCGUUUUGAGUUGCCAAUGUCCCUGGACAUUGUGUUGAACUCGCAGCAACCCCUCCACAAAAGCAGAGGGCACUCUUCGACGCAGCCCAAGCAGAGAUUGCAUGACACUGGAGAUAAUGUCCCUGACUGAGGGCAUUCUACUACUUUCCAGUUUAAUUAUUAUUUGUUGAUUACACCAGCAAUUAGUAAAUCAAUGGAGUGCUUUUUUUAUAUCAAUGACAUAUCUCUUACUAGAGAGCCUCUUUAGGUGCUCGCUGUUCAUGGUCUGCAAAACUGCAGCUGAGAUGAGCUGGUAAACUGUGAUUAAGUGUCUUCAGGCUUAUGUUUUCUACUUAUAACUAUGCAGGGAUUGUAGUGAAUUUUCUACCUUGCAAGUCCUGGAAUGUCCACCAGGGGAGUCAGAGGGGCAUGGAUACUGGGGGCCCAGCCCUGUAUAUGGGCCCUAAAUUUUGCCAGACCCCCGCUCAGCAAAAUGUACUGUCGGAGGAUCUGUAUUUUUUCAGAUUGAAAGUGCCAACUCUAGCAGCGGGCCAGUCCAUUUUGUUGAAAUAGGGGCAGAAUUACUACUCCCCUGAAGUCUACUGCAGCUAUUGAAAUCAGUUCUAUGGUACAUACCGCACAGGGACUUCGAGGAAUCGGCAUUCGCACUGUUAUUUUUGUCAGUGCUUGUUUACUUGCCUAAGAUUUAUUCAUGCCGUACCUUGCUGCCACUUUGCCUGGACAGGAUUUCGUUGUCUCCUAAACUGUAAACUAGGAAAAAACAGGCUAUAUUCCUUAUUUUUCUGUCAAGGUUAGUAUCAACAUUUAAAAAACCACGAGACUGGGUGAUGUAAUAUGCCCAGUGCUGUGUGGGGCACACUGGAAAUUUAGAGGUUAUGUCUUGAAAACAAAAUUAGUCUUUGGAGCCUGUCUUAUUACCAGCAGUGCAGUUCCUCACUGACACGCUAGUGUGACACCAUGAGUUCAACCUGCCCUGUUAGCUUCAUGAUUAAACACGUAUAUAGAUAUACAUGAAUUCACAAAGAUCACCACCAUAUCUCAAGUUUUUCUCAGUGUAGAGGAACUCUUCCGCUGACAAGGAUACAUAAAUCUUACUGUUUUGUUAGCUUUUAGACAAGUCGUGUAAUGGCAUGUACAUUUGUCUUUGAUUGGGAAUGUGUAGAUGUGUAGAGAUUGUUAAAGCCUGAUGAACUACUUAUAGUAUUUAAAAAAAAAAGAAUUAGAUUGUAUAGAGUCAUUGUACAGUUUGAAUUCAGCUACUACAUGGCAAUAUUUUAUUCAGGUAUUUUACAUAAAAUUUUGUAUAUAGAUAUUUUGUAUAUGUGGAUUUUAAUGUUUAAUGUAAAUUAAAUAAUAAGCGUAAGUAAAUUGCAGUGUAAAUCUGUAAAUCCAUUAAAUAAAGUAGUUUUAAUGAUUGA